AUGGCUUUGCAUGAGGUGUUGUUCACGGUAGCUGGUGUCCCAGUUACUAUCCUCGGCUCCGUGUUGCUGUUUACAUGGCUUCUUUUCCUGUGGGAGAGUUACCUCAACAUCCGCCAAAAGAGUGUGGCCAUACAAAAUGAACAAAUACCAUCGUCGUUGCAAUCAUUAAUGGACGUCAGCGCUUAUGACAAAGCGCGACUGUAUUCGAUUGACAAAAUUAAUUUUGGAUUGAUCAACGAAGUAUAUAACAUACUGGAGACUACCGUUUUACUGUACUUUGGCGCUUUAGCAUGGCUCUGGUAUAAAUCUCAAGAUCACGUGGUAUAUUUCAACUCUCUUAUGCCGGAAAACUUCCUUGCUCAUGUCACGUUCAACAAAGAAAGUGAAAUAGCGUGUUCAAUGCUUUUUAUAUUUUACAUAUCUGUGUUUUCACUCGUCGAUUCGUUACCAUGGAGUCUUUACCGCAAUUUUGUGAUCGAGGCUCGAUAUGGCUUUAACAAACAAACAAUUGGCUUCUUCCUCAAAGACAAACUUAAGGGAUUUAUCAUCCGUACGAUAAUUGGUUUGCCGAUCUCCGCUGUCCUUAUAUGGAUAAUUAAAUGGGGUGGUGACUACUUCUGCCUGUACGCUUAUAUUUUCAGCCUCUGUGUCUCGCUUACACUGAUGUUCAUUUAUCCUGAAUUUAUCGCACCUCUUUUUGACCGUUAUGAGAGGUUCCCAGACGGCCCUCUUAGAACAAAAAUUGAGGAACUAGCUGCGAGCAUAUCUUUUCCUCUUAAGAAACUGCUGGUUGUUGAGGGAUCCAAACGGAGUUCUCACAGCAAUGCCUACUUUUACGGAUUUGGCUCAAACAAACGCAUAGUCUUGUUCGAUACGCUUAUCAAGGGUUUUAAACUGCCAGAUAAAAACGCAAAGGAGGGUGAAGCAACCAGUCCGGCGCACGACGCCGAGACGCACACUAUCGAGACUGCAACACAAGGAGCGUCAGAAUCCGGACGUGCUGACUGUCUUAGCCGCGGUUGUGAGGAUGACGAGGAAAUUCUGGCUGUACUUUCCCACGAACUGGGUCAUUGGAAGUUGAGCCAUAACGCGAAGCUUCUAGUUGUGUCCCAGGUCAAUCUCCUUCUAAUGUUCAUCUUUUUCCAACUAAUGAUCAACAUGGACCCUCUGUUUACGAGCUUUGGCUUCCAGCCUUCAACAACGCCUAUACUGCUCCGUUUGAUAAUUAUUUUCCAGUUUGUAUUCAUGCCGUACAAUGCUGUGCUGGACUUUUUGAUGACACUUGUCGGUCGGAGCUUUGAAUUUCAUGCUGAUGCAUUUGCGGUUGGACUCAAGAAUGGCGAGAAGCUUAAAAGCGCUCUGAUUGUGCUAACCAAGGACAACUUGUCCUUUCCUGUUUACGACCAUAUCUACUCUCUGUUUACGCUUUCUCACCCACCUCUACUUGAACCGUUGAUCUUUUUGGAUGUCCAAAUGGAACCCUCCUCAGGCGCCCGGUCGCCAAGACAGCGUCUGGCAGUAGGAGCGGGAAUUGGCUUUGCAGCGGCCUCUAUGGUCUACCUCCUCUCGCCCUUCCUGGCUCCUGCCUUUCGUCGUAUAUGUCUGCCCUUUGUUCCUGCCACCCCGGACCAACUUCGAAACGUUUGCGAACUUCUGAGGCAUGCCCAGGGCUCUGGACGGCGACUGGGCAGGGUCCUGGAUAUUGGCAGUGGAGAUGGCCGUGUGGUAAGCAUAAUUGCCCCCUCCAUUCAUUGUUUUAUGGGCAUUUUGGUUGGCGAAUCAACUGUCUUUAUUUACGACUGCCGGUAA